AUGUUUCUCAGAGAAAGGGAAUCCUUGACUCACGCAAGUACAAAUUUCUUAAACAGUGAAAAAGAAAACUUUAAAGUAGCCAUUCGUGUCAGGCCUCCGCUUGAAAGAGAAAUCGACCCAGCUUAUGGUUUCUCUUCAAUUGCCAAAGUCGGUAAUGACCAAAACACUAUUACUCUUCUUGACUAUUUAGGAUCAGCCACAAAUGAUAUGGCCAGAGAGCAAGAUAUCUACGAAAACCCAGCACUAUGCAACUAUCAUACCUAUACUUUUGAUCAUGUUUAUGAUCAAAACGCCACACAAGUCGAAGUUUAUGCUAUUUUCUAUCAAUUUUCCUUUAUAAAAAUUAUUUUUCAUUGCUUUUAUAGUUAAUUAUAAAUGAGUACGAAACUACAGCCAGGCCAGCAGUUUCUUCAAUUCUUGAAGGCUACAAUGCAACACUGCUGGCUUAUGGACAAACAGGCACUGGCAAAACAUAUACCAUGGAAGGCUUCAAAUACGACUCAAACGACUCACAACGAGGAAUAAUCCCCAGAGCAGUUGAGGAUAUUUUUAAAUUUAUUGAAUCUACUGACAAUUCUAAUUGCAAAUUCAUGGUAAGAGCUUCAUAUUUACAGAUUUACAAUGAAAAUAUUUCAGAUUUAUUGAAAAAUGAUAGGGUUUCUCUACAAAUUAGGGAGGAAAAGAGAAAAGGGGUCUUUGUGGAAGGACUGUCAGAAUGGGCUGUAAGGUCGCCGAGUGAAAUUUGUUCACUUAUGCAGAAAGGGGAGCUGGCGAGGGCGACAGCUUGUACAAAAAUGAACGAUAUGUCAAGCAGAAGCCAUGCUGUUUUUAUACUUAUAGUAGAACAGCUGACUUCAGUUGAAGAGUCUACAGAAAUCAAAGUGGGGAAGCUAAAUAUCGUGGAUCUUGCAGGAAGUGAAAGAGUUAGGGUCACUGGGGCGACUGGAAAGCGACUAGAAGAGUCUAAAAAAAUCAAUCAAAGCUUAUCAGCACUAGGAAAUGUGAUAGCUGCACUUAUUGAUACAAAAAAUAGGUCGCACGUCCCCUAUAGAGACUCCAAAUUAACAAGGCUGCUUGAAGACUCCUUAGGCGGAAACUGCAAAACUACAAUGAUGGCUAUGAUAUCCCCUGCCUUUGAGUCCUUCAGCGAGUCACUCUCCACUAUAAAAUUCGCAAACCGUGCCAAAAACAUAAAAAAUGCCCCAAAAAUCAACGAAGAUGUCGACCAGCGCACCUUGCUCCGAAAAUACGAAAUUGAGCUGCAGAAGCUCAGAAUUGCCUUACUCCCCCCCUCCGUGAGUGAACAAAAAAAUUUUGUUCACUCACGGAGGGGGUCAAUUUUUUUAAAAAAAAUUAUUUAUAAAUUUUAUAAAAAAUUUUUUUUUCUAAAUUUAAAAAAAUUAUAACUUGUAAAAUUUGGAAAGCAAAUAUUAAUUUAAUUUAUAAAAUUUUUGUUUUAAAACGCAAUUUGUUUAAAAUUAAACAGAAUUAACUUGAGAUUUUAUUAUACUAAUUAUCACUUAUAUAUCAAAUUUUUUUUCCUUAAAAAUUUUUCUAUUAAAAAAAUUUUUGUUCACUCACGGAGGGGGGGAGUUAGAAGAAAAAAGCCAAGGGGUCAUCGACAUGCAAAAGCUGAUGGAGCUUGAAGAAGAAAUGAGAAACUGCGAAGCCGACAAAGAAGCUGCAAUAGAAGCCUUAGAAAGAAGGUCCCGGGAAUAUUUACAAGAAAAAGAAGAAAAAAACAAGCUAGAAGAACUGAUUAAAAAAAUGGACUCACAAAUGCUGAUUGGAGGGAAAAAGAUUGAAGACACCCCUCAGUUUAGAACAGCCUUAGAAGAAAAGCAUAGAGAAAUGAGAGAAGAGUACGAUAACAGGAUGCGGGAAAUAGAAAAAGAAAGGGAAAUGAUAGAACAAGACAAAGCACAGAUUGAUAGAUAUAAACAGCUGCUGCUAAGGCAAAGAGAUAUUAUGAUAGCGCUGACUGCGAGGCUGAAUGAAAGAGAUGAGACCAUUAUUCAGCUGCAGGAAGAUCUGGAUACUUUUGAUAAAAUCCAAAAAGAGUAUGAAAAUUCGUUGCAGAAUAAAAAUUCCAGGAUUGAGCAGCUGGAUAUGAUUUUGAAAGCUCAUGGGAUAGAAGUGCCAGAGGAUUUCAUGGUUCCUGAUAUAGUUCAGGAAAAAGAGCCCAGAAAAUAUCAGCCUUAUUCUACUAAUGAAAUAAAUAUUGACCAAGAUUAUACUAGAAAAUAUAUAUUUGCCUUGAUAAUGUCUCUUUUUAUUUUUUAAUUAUUUAUAUUAAAUAAUAUACCAUUUUCCAUUACAAAUGUUAACUGCUGAAGAAAAAAUAAAUGAGCUUUCUCAAUUAAUAGUUGAGAAAACUAAAGAAAUUGAAGCUCUUCAUAGGAAUUUUUCGAAAUUUGAAGAGCCAAAAGAGCAGAUUGAUACAAUUAAAAUUAAAGGGCUGAUUAAAAAUGGAAUUUUGAUGAAGCUUGAUAGCUUAAAGGCAGGAAUUGAUAUUAUACAGAGUUUUAUUAAGUAAUGUUUUAAGAUAGAAUGAUUAAUUGCAUUAUUGGCAAAUGCUGGGCAAUGCUUUUAAAUAAAAUAAAAUGAUAUAAUAAAGAAGAAUAUGGUGAAAUUAAUGAUAUUUUGAAAGGCGUGUAUGAUACAUGCUGAAGCACUCUUGCAUAUCUUGGAGAUAUUUAUUUACCUAAUUUAGCUCUGAAUUUUCAGCAUUUCCCUCUUUAGCUCUUAUAACUUCAAAAACGAAAUCUUUAUCAAAUUGUCAAUUCCUCUUUCUUUUCACCUCGACCCUCCAUCCAAUCCACAAAUCUUUGAAAAUAAAGUGCAAUUUCAUGCAUCAUAGAUUUUUCUCUAAUAAUUCCUUCAAGUACUCCACUAACUUCUAAUUUCAAUAAAAUUUCCACUCUAAUAGCUUUUUAAACUAACAGCCAUUUGAAGAUGAAUUUCAUCCUUUUUCAUUCACCCAUCUUCUAGUAAGAAUUUGCAUUGAGCCCAGCCCUGAGCCUAAAAAUGUCUGCAACUGCCUGCCUCCAGAGGAAGGUAGGGAGGGUUUAUUAUACGGGGCCAGAAAUCCGACCUCUCAACUCUCCCUUAUGGGCGAAUUUUAUUAAAAUGGCAGAAUCUAGCCUAAAUCUCUCUCUGGACUUGCCCAAAAGUACUUAUCUAGCCUUGAUUGACUCGAUGGUCCCAAUCUGGCCUGUUCUUCUGCUUCUCUCCAGGUUUUUGCUUCAGCAUCUCUUCAUAAAACCUCUUACUCCCCCCCCCUCCGUGUGAGUGAACAAAACCAUUAGAAAAAUCGCUGUUUUUUGCCCAAAAACCCCACCCUCCGUGAGUGAACAAAAAUUUUUUUAAUAGAAAAAUUUUUUAUGGAAAAAAUUUUUGAUAUAUAAGUGAUAAUUAUUAUAAUGAAAUCUCGAGCUAAUUCUAUUUAAUUUUAAACAAAUUGCUUUCUAAAACAUAAAUUUUAUAAAUUAAAUUAAUAUUUGUUUUCCAAUUUUUGCAAAUUAGGAUUUUUUUAAAAUUUCGAAAAAAAAAAAAAUUUUCUAUAAAAUUUAUAUAUAAAUUUUUUUUAAAAAAAAAAAUAACCCCCUCCGUGAGUGAACAAAAUUUUUUUGUUCACUCACGGAGGGGGGGGGAGGAGUUAGUUGCCCUGUCCACUCGGAAGGGCAUUGUUAAGUGUGUGGGUUCAUCUUGGAGAUAUAAAAGAACAGGAUAAGCCAAAAGAAAAUCUAGCCCCAAAUACGAAAGAAACAGCUAUUAAUAGAGCAAGGGCACUUACAGUAGAUGAAAUACUUUCAAUUAAAAGACAAGAAAUGAGGAAAAAUUUAAAGCAGAUUCAACCAAAUAAUUAUUAA